CGUUUCUACUGACCAGUGUGCAUCAAGCUAAGCAAGAUGAUUAAACUAUUCCUCAUUACUUUACUUUGCGCGACAUUGGUGUUGGCCAAUUUGCCAGCCCAGAACUUGGCAGAUGCCGAUCAUAGUAGUAUAGUGCGACGAUCGGCACAGGGAGGAAUGGGAGGAGGUGGAAUGGGAGGUGGAAUGGAAGGUGGAAUGGAAGGUGGAUUGGGAGGUGGAUUUUCAGCCGGAGGUGGAUUUUCAGCCGGAGGACAAGCCGGAGGUGGAAUGGGAGGACAACUCGAAGGCCAAGGUCGAGGAUAAAGAUUCGGAAGAAGAUAGAAUCAUAAGGUCUUAUAUGGAUAUUGAAGUCAACCAUUGUAAGAUAGACAAAGAUGAUUUAGAUUUCACUUGGCACUUUGAUCUUAGCACAUCUUAUUAGUCUACUUCGCACAACUGAGAAUCCCGAUGACUUUAGAAGAAUAAAACUUAUUGUUAGAGAAAUUUCAGAAGAAUAAAACUUAGAGCGCUGCAAGUUA